GGAAAAUAUAAGUAGUCAUCAUAUUCAAAAGGAUUUUUACCUCACGACGUCGUUGAAAGUUGGCGGGUGGCCUUCAACCGUUCAAAGUCCAAGGUAGACGCAUAUAACAAUCUGUGAAAAGCUUCCAUCGCGGCGGCGCGGUUCCCGCUAAGCAAGCCACAGGCGGCGGCGCUGGCCGCUAAUUGUAUCUUAUAGCUCGGCAGAUUAGGUGCCUUCCGGGACUGAAUGGAAGGAGAGGCGGCGGCGGCUAAGCCUAAGGGGCGGCUAUGUGUAAUCUGCAACCAGAAGAGAGCUGCUCUGAAACGCCCUAAAACCCUAGAACAAAUAUGCAGGGAGUGUUUUUAUGCUGUGUUUGAAGAAGAAAUCCACAGGGUCAUUGUGGAUAACCAGCUCUUUAAACCUUCUGAACGUGUCGCCAUUGGAGCUUCUGGUGGAAAAGAUUCCACAGUUCUUGCUUAUGUAUUGUCAGAACUGAAUCGUAGGCACAACUAUGGCCUGGAUUUAUUUCUUCUCUCAGUGGAUGAAGGCAUUACAGGAUACCGGGAUGACUCUCUUGAAACUGUUAAAAGAAAUGAAAUCCAGUACGGGCUUCCUCUUAAAGUUGUUUCUUACAAGGAAUUGUACGGCUGGACAAUGGAUGAGAUAGUAAAGCUGAUAGGCAUGAAAAAUAACUGCACUUUUUGCGGCGUUUUUAGGCGGCAGGCUCUUGAUCGUGGUGCAGCAUUGCUGAAGGUAGAUAAGCUAGUCACUGGACAUAAUGCUGAUGACAUAGCUGAAACAGUGCUCUUAAACAUAUUACGAGGUGAUAUUGCCAGAUUGAGUAGAUGCACAUCUAUCACUACAGGAGAAGAUGGUCCAAUUCCGAGAUGCAAGCCUUUUAAGUACACUUAUGAGAAAGAAAUUGUCAUGUAUGCUUACUUUAAAAAGUUGGACUAUUUCUCCACUGAAUGCAUUUACUCUCCCAAUGCUUACCGUGGGUUUGCUCGAGAAUUCAUCAAGGAUCUAGAAAGAAUCAGGCCUAGAGCAAUUUUGGAUAUUAUUAAGUCAGGCGAGGAUUUUAGGAUCUCAACUUCGACAAAAAUGCCUGAGCAGGGAAACUGUGAACGCUGUGGUUAUAUUUCGAGUCAGAAAUGGUGUAAAGCAUGUGUCUUGCUGGAGGGCCUCAAUCGCGGUUUACCAAAGCUCGGUAUUGGGAGAACCCGGGGGGCUAACCAUGAAACAAGCAAGAGCAUAAAACAACGCAAUGGAACAACAGAUAGUAUUCAGAGCAAGCAAUGUGGAAGUUUGGAUUUCUAAUCAUUGUGGCACCAACAAUAUUUUGUGGAAUAAGGACGGACUGCUUCACAUUAUGGACCACUUCAAGGAUGAUGGACUAUAAGUGCAAGGGGUCAUUGGUCUUGCUAAUAUGCUAGUACUGGUUUCUUUCAUGGGUUAUGUAUUUAUAGCUCCAUGGUUCAACCGGCUGGGCUGGGAAACAUAUUCCGGAGAGCAUGAUAUUUAGCUUAAUACACCGAGAGAAUCAAGCACCUUACAUACAUUGAAGUGUCAUUUCUUAGAUUUUGUUUAUCUUUUUAACCUUUGACAGGAGGAGUUUUCCUGCUUUGAUUGUUUGAAUGUCAUUGCAUCUCCUCUCUGCCUCUCUGUAACUUGCCUUGUUGUUUUUAGUAAAAUGCCACAUAGAUCAACGUAUGCAUUUUGCGGGCUGAACAAACACUGAAUCAAAGUUGCCAAUCUUAUGGUAUUGCAAUAAUGUUCACCUCGCCAAAUGAAAUGGUCAAAAGUGUAUAAGAUUCAUGUGAUAAUAUUAAUCCAAGUCUCCAACAAAC